UGGUUGAUUAGACAGAAUGUCUCUUCGGGAUUUUGAGAGAUUUCUCACAUUUAUUCCAGUUUUCUGUCUCAUAAUACUCAUUUUUGUGCUCCUCUUGAGGUUCUUUCAAAUCUACAUUGCCCCACAUUUUGCCCUUGGAUCGGGUUCUAAUUCAGCAAGAUCUGGGAAUCUUCAGGCUCAUCGUUUUGCCACUCAUUGUCCCCGAAAUUCUUCAUACGAUCCCUACAAUCGUCCUAUGCGGCAGGAUGAGAUUCCCUCAAAUACACCAUAUCCAACGCAGAAUGUAAUGCCCAUCCCCCAACAAAGUCAUCUACCACAGAAUUCAAGAUUAAUCCAAAAGAAACUCGUGGUUUGUAAAAUUUUUCCAAAUGAACAGUAGAGAGACGGAUUUUCCCAAUUUCCCAGCGCAAGCGCAAUGAUUGGGAAAAAUGAGAGAUUCGAGAUUAUCCAAGCAACUAAUUCUGUGAUUGUAAACUCCAGAACAAACUACCCGAAACCAGAUUAAUAUUUUUUUGAGCUAUAGAACAAUUACGAUGCAUUUCAGUGGCGAUUUUUUUCAAUUUAAUAACGAAUUAAUUAAGUAACUAAUUUUACAUUCUGUCGUUUUGAAUGUGGAUUUAUUGUCGAAGGAAAGUAAUAAAAUUCUAUUUAAACGCGAAACGGGAUU